AAGGACAAGCACAACGGAAGUAACCUUUCGCUUCCGGUUUUGGUGUACUCUGAAAUUCUUCCCUGUCUCCUUUUAGCACGAUUUUCGAUCCCAUUUUUAAAUUCAUGACUUAGAUUAAAACCCAAAAUGGAUGCGGACGGCACUGAAGAUACGGUCUCCGAAAUUCCGAGAAGAUCUACUCGACGGCUGACUACAGGAAAAACGCUGAUUUUUGAGGUGACCCCAAGAGGUCCAAUAAAGAGGUCCAAAGGGGAAAUAAAUAAGAUGGGUUCUUCUUCUUCUUCUGUCCCAAUUGUUAAUGGAUCCAAAAAUCUGGAGAGUGGCUCAGAAGAUGAAGAGUCCCCCAACAAGAAGAGUCGACUGGACGAAGAAGAAAUAUUUGGUGAUAAAAGCGGUGAUAAAAAAGAAAUGGCUGGCCAGGAAUCAGCACAAGACCAAUAUGAGGACCAGGAAAUGGAUUCUGAGGAAGAUUCCAUUCAAAUUCAUUCAAAACAAACCAAAAUUAUUUCCCAGAGUCCUUUCCAGACAAAAGGAGUUCUUGGGGUUGCGAAAUUGUCCCCCUACGUUGUGCUUGGCGAGCGCUGCCGUUUAGGUGAAAAUACAGACAGACACGUCAACGAGCCCAAAGUCGUUGUAUCAUCUACCAAAGAAACUACAGAGUUCACAAAGCCUAGCGCACCAACGAGAUCUUUCAACAAUGUGCAGAGUCACAAGAUCACAAGCAUGGCAGAGUACAAGCAGGAGAUGGAGGCCAAAGCCAAAAGCUCUGUCUUUCCAACAGGUAUUUCAAGAGUCAAUCGCCACAAUGACCCUAGCGUCCAGGCACCCACUGUGACAUCACACACGGUACGACAGAGAGCCAAUUACUUUCCGACUGGAAAGGAGUCCAUCUCGCACAAGAAGAAAGAACAAAAACAGAAACAAGUGGUUACCAGCAGAACCUCUGUGGGAUCAUCCCGAGGAUUCCUUCAUUAUUUCUGCUGGUUGCUUCUCGUCUUUCUGCUGCUCAGCUCUGCUGUGCUGCUGUUGGGCAAGAACAAGUUGAUUUCCCUGUACCAGAGGUCCUCAAAAGUAGCAGUGGCUCCAACCAGGUCCGUCAAGCUCGAGCCGUUUGCGGCUCUCUUGUCUGAAAUGGAGACUCGCUUCCGCAAUCAAAGACCCGAAUUGUGGAAGCGGAGCAGGAUCCAUUUGGAGAAGCACCUCAAAACCCCGCAGCCCACUGAGCCCGUCAGCUUGAUCCUGACGUCCGGCCGCGGCGCUGAAAAGACGCUGGCAUGCCUCGCCGAGCGCCUGGCCGCCGCUUUCUCCUCUGCUCUCGAGAGUUCCGUUCUCCACGUGGACGGAGCCGCCAAAGCCGGCCAGGAGAGUGACGAGGUCAAGCUGGACAUCGACGGGCAGCUACGCGCGGCUUUCGGGGGAAACCGAACGGCGGCCGUCAUCCACCGCUUGGAGGAGCUGCCGCCAGGCUCCACCCUCAUUUUUUAUCGUUACUGUGACCACGAACACUCCGCCUUCAAGGAGGUCUUCCUAUUGUUUACCGUGCUGCUGCCUCGGGAUGAGGUCAGCGGGCAGCUCGGAGCUGUCGAGGAGAUGGUUCAGGACUAUCUUAAAGACAGGCUGGUGGGCCCUAGCAGUAAAAUGGCCUUUAACGAGAUGGACACGGACAAGUUUGGCGGAUUGUGGAGCCGGAUCUCCCAUCUUGUUCUACCUGUUGUGGCCGAGGAGGACGUCGAGCAAAAUGGAUGCUAGUUGAAAAAUAAGAAUUUUUCCAUCAAUGUUUAGAUUUUCAUCAAAAUUUGAGAUGUGGGAAUCACAUUUUGCUUACUAGUAGACAUCCAAUCCAUUUGAACUGGAAAGGCUGGCAGCGAAUGAACGGACGCCAGCCUUUUCAGUUCAAAUGGAUUGGACGUCGAUCAUCAAUGAUACUGAAAUACUUAAUUACACUUGGGCAGGAUCCUCGCAUUUAUUUUUCUGAAAAUGAACCGCCAGCCAUUUUUGAUCAUUUUGACAAGAUAUCACGUUCUGACAAGCUCUCACCACUGAACCUAAUAAAAGAAAGAGUAGACUCUUCUUUCUCUGGAUUAAAAAAAGUAUGUUUCUAACUUUUUACAAUCUUUAGAGCGCGCGUUAAGACAUUGGUGAGUUGGUUUCGACACAGAGAAAGUAUUCUUUUUGUGACUUUAGCACUGUUUUGUUUGGCAUUUUGUGACCCUUCAAAUUCUAAAACAACAAAAACAAGACUCAAAAAGGGAAUUUAUUUCAAGUUACACAUUUUAAAGCAAUGCUGUGACACUUGCUUUGAUUUGAACAUGCCACUGAUUUAUCACUCCAUGAAAGUGUUGCUUUCUACCAGAUACUUCGGCAUAAACUUUACAUAAACGCACUCUAUUCGAGUGCGAGGUGCUUAGAAAUGUCUGAUUUUCAAUGUGUUGACAAUUUUCUUCCCCAUAUAUAAUGUGACAGACUCAUCUUCUACUCAAAAAGUUGUGCUGAAAUUCAAAACGUGUUUAAGAGGAAGAAACAAAACUGGUCUUUUCAUUCCAAUCACACGUCUAAAUGUAAAGAAAAUCAUAGAAGUGAUGGGAAAAUUCUUGUUUUUUUUCUCCCAUCUGUCUCUCUAAGAAUUCAUUGUUUAACUCAACCAGCAGUUGAAAUUCACUCUGUACUCAGCAGAGCUUUCAGGAAUGACUAAACAUUAACGUUAACUGUCUGGUGUUGUUGCAAAAGUUUUGAAUCCCCUUAGCCAGAAGCACUUUGUUCAACAUGUUCCUUUUGGUGACUGAGCAGCGCUCGAGUGCUCUUCUUUUGUUUUCGUGUGAAAAUUUCGAUUGACUCUCUUGCAUCCAACCGCUCUUGUGACUGAUUCACUUUUCUGUGUCUCGAUUCCUCUUUUCAUUUUUUGUUUGUUUGUACAAACAGAUGGGUUUGCACUGAAAAUGUUGGACCUUUAAUCAAACAGCUGACAUAUGUACAUGGAAACGUGUUUUGUAUUUUUCUUAAUACAUUGUAUUUGGGUAUUUGUUUUUUUCCCGUGAAUAUUGGAGAUACUGUUAAGAUGGUUUGUUUUUUUCGCACCUGUGGUUUAGAAAACGUUGCUUAUACGCACUGUACAACUUCUCACGACUAAAAUGUGCCUUUGAGAUGUACAAAAUAUUGAUGUGAAUAGUUGACAAUUCAAAUCACAUUUCCUUGUUUGUGUUUUAAAUAUCCCAUAUUUGUUGGAUGCUUCCUGUAUUCCUAUUUGACAUUCUCAAAAUAUUUAGUAAAACUGAAUAUGUUGAAUAAAGAUUAUUUUGAUACAU